GCAGGGGUGGAGUGGGCAGGGGGGCACAGAAGGGGGAACUUGCUGGGAGGGCCCCAAGGCAGAGGCACGCAUGGACACAGCGCAGUCAGACGAGCCAGGAGUCUGCCAGCAACAGAAGCCCCUGAAGGGACCCACCAUCUGGAGCUAAGCUGAGGACCCCUGCCUCGGCCUCCCAGUCUCUGCCUGCCUGCUGCCCGAGCUUCUGGGAGCCCACGAAAGAGCGGUGAAGUCCCGGGGUCUGCAAGCGGCUUCAGGUCAGCCACGGAAUAGCGUUGGGGGCAUCCAGCUCAGCGCUGGCCCGUGUCCGGUCAGGAAAAGGGGUUUGGGGACCGCUAGGAUGCGGGCUCCGGGUGCAGGCACGGCCUCCCUGGCCUCGCUUGCGCUGCUGUGGCUGCUGGGACUACCGUGGACCUGGAGCGCAGCGGCGGCGUUCGGUGUGUACGUGGGCGGCGGCGGCUGGCGCUUCCUGCGCAUCGUCUGCAAGACGGCGAGGCGGGACCUCUUUGGCCUCUCCGUUCUGAUCCGCGUGCGCCUGGAGCUGCGGCGGCACCAGCGAGCCGGCCACACCAUCCCGUGCAUCUUCCAGGCCGUGGUGCGGCGACAGCCUGAGCGCCUAGCCCUGGUGGACGCGGGCAGCGGCGCGUGCUGGACCUUCGCACAGCUGGACACCUACUCCAACGCCGUGGCCAACCUCUUCCACCAGCUGGGCUUUGCACCGGGCGACGUGGUGGCCGUCUUCCUGGAGGGCCGGCCUGAGUUCGUGGGGCUGUGGCUGGGCCUGGCCAAAGCAGGCGUGGUGGCCGCGCUGCUCAACGUCAACCUGCGGCGGGAGCCCCUGGCCUUCUGCCUGGGCACCUCGGGUGCCAAGGCCCUCAUCUACGGCGGGGAACUGGCAGCGGCGGUGGCUGAGGUGAGCGGGCAGCUGGGGAAGAGCCUUCUCAAGUUCUGCUCUGGAGACUUGGGGCCCGAGGGCAUCUUGCCGGACACUCACCUCCUGGACCCGAUGCUGAAGGAGGCGUCCACCAACCCCCCAGCACAGUUGCCGGGCAAGGGCAUGGAUGGUCGGCUCUUCUACAUCUACACCUCGGGGACCACCGGGCUGCCCAAGGCUGCCAUCGUGGUGCACAGUAGGUACUACCGCAUCGCAGCCUUCGGCCACCACUCCUACAGCAUGCGGACGGCUGACGUGCUGUACGACUGCCUGCCCCUGUACCACUCUGCAGGGAACAUCAUGGGCGUGGGGCAGUGCCUCAUCUAUGGCUUGACCGUCGUCCUCCGCAAGAAAUUCUCCGCCAGCCGCUUCUGGGACGACUGCGUCAAGUACAACUGCACGGUGGUGCAGUACAUCGGUGAGAUCUGCCGCUACCUGCUGAAGCAGCCGGCGCGCGAGGCCGAGGGGCGGCACCGCGUGCGCCUGGCGGUGGGCAACGGGCUGCGGCCCGCCAUCUGGGAGGAGUUCACGCAGCGCUUCCGCGUGCGGCAGAUCGGCGAGUUCUACGGGGCCACCGAGUGCAACUGCAGCAUCGCCAACAUGGACGGCAAGGUUGGUUCCUGUGGCUUCAGCAGCCGCAUCCUGACUCACGUGUACCCCAUCCAGCUGGUGAAGGUCAACGAGGACACAAUGGAGCUGCUGCGGGACGCACAGGGCCUGUGCAUCCCCUGCCAGCCGGGGGAGCCUGGCCUGCUGGUGGGCCAGAUCAACCAGCAGGACCCUCUGCGCCGCUUCGAUGGCUACGUCAGCGAGAGCGCCACUAGCAAGAAGAUUGCCCACAGUGUCUUCCGCAAGGGUGACAGUGCCUACCUCUCAGGUGAUGUGCUGGUGAUGGACGAGCUUGGCUACAUGUACUUCCGGGACCGCAGCGGGGACACCUUCCGCUGGCGAGGGGAGAAUGUUUCCACCACCGAAGUGGAAGGUGUGCUGAGUCGCCUGCUGGGCCAGACAGACGUGGCGGUGUACGGAGUGGCUGUGCCAGGAGUGGAGGGAAAAGCGGGCAUGGCAGCCAUUGCAGACCCCCAUGGGCAGCUGGACCCCAACUCCAUGUACCAGGAGCUGCAGAAAGUGCUGGCACCCUACGCCCGGCCCAUCUUCUUGCGCCUCCUGCCUCAGGUGGACACCACAGGCACCUUCAAGAUCCAGAAGACGCGGCUGCAGCGCGAGGGCUUCGACCCUCGCCAGACCUCGGACCGGCUCUUCUUCUUGGACCUGAAGCAAGGCCACUACCUGCCCCUGGACGAGGGCGUCUACACCCGCAUCUGCUCGGGCGCCUUCGCCCUCUGAGGUCCUCCCCCUCUGAGGUCCUCCCCCUCUGAGGUCCUCCCGGCCCGCCAGAGGCCCCUGGGGGUCUGGUGGGCAGAGAGGCGCCACCGGACAGCCCUGCUCCCGGGCUGCUCCUCCUGCCCACCCCCCUGCCCGGCUGCACCCGGAGGGCCGUCCUGGUGCCAAGAAACUGGAGCCUCCUCCCGCUGCCUGUGUCCGCCUGCCGCCUCCUACUGCCACGGCCCCUCCGCGGGCACCUCGGCACCCUCCCCCUCCCUCCCUCCGUCCUGCCCAGGGAGGAGCAGAUGUUUCCUGGGGGCUCUCUAGCUCUCCUGGCUCUUCCCUGUCCGUGUCCCUGGACCCAGAGUGGGGCUCCCCUCCUCGCUGUGCCUUACGGAGCCCAGCCCAGGCCUCCCUCUGCCGCUGGGCUGCAGGCUCCGAGCAGGACCCUCGCUGCUGGAUGCGGGGCAGGGGCGUCUGCUGGCCCACCGGGUGCCUGGGGGACCUCGGUCAGGGACUCUGGCCUGCCCCCGCCCCACCCCGUCAGCGAACUCUCGCCUGGUCUGGGCCGAUUGCCUUUUGCACUUUCCCAUCCCUUACGGGGCUCCCUGUUCCCAUUCCCCUCCUGACGCCCUGGAAGCUUCCAGAAUGAACUGUGACCACUUGGAUGUUGCCCCUGCUGGCCCCUGUCCAGAUGUCUCUGCUCAGGUGUCUCCGCAGAGCUCCUGCUGAGGGGUCUGACGGCUGCCCGGGAGGCCACCAGCCACCUGCUUCCUGUCCUUGGCAGAGGCCCCUGUGUCCCCACUCUGGUUGCUGUGGCAGGACCCGUGGAGUGGCAGCGAUGGUGUCAGGGAGUCUCCUGCCUGGGGGUGGCACCUGAGAGGGCCUCAGGUACUCCAGCAGCCGCUCCUUGGGGUCCCCAGAGAUUUUGCAAGUGAUGUUUCAGACCUGGCAUUGGUGGUGACAUCUACAAGCCCCCAGGACAGCCCACACGUCCCUUCAUUCUCAUGGAUGGCUCAUCUUGGACCCACGUGCCAGCCUGGCUGCAGUGGCACCCAGACGCACAUGUGACCUCCUGCCGCAGCACCGUCUGCCCCUGAGCGGCAGGGGCAGUAGUGAGUCCCCGCUCUGCCUCUGGCAGCCCUACACUGGGGCUUUGUGUCCUAGUCGAUUUUAAGGAUUUUUAGAAAUAAACCUGCAGAGCAUCUGG